AAGAGUGCAUAAACCGACUCCUCCAGGGCGGGGCAGUGGCUGGGUUGGCUAAUUUGCGGCGGCGGAACUUGCCUCCGUCUUAGGAACCCAACUGGGUAACUAUUGUCGUCAGCGACGUAGGCCGCCGCAUCAAAACUUGUAGUUGGGACUCACAUCUCAACCUUUUGUAUCAGCUUUCGUUUUGUAUCCCAUUUUAGCAUUUUUUCCUUCAUAUCGCAAUGUUUUCGGGCUCCAACUCGUACCUGGGCGGAAAUGCCGGCCGCCCUACUGGCCCGCCGCAGCAGCAGCAGUUCAACUCCUAUAACCAGAAUCAACAACCAAAUAGCUUUCCUCAGCAACAGAAUGCCCAAACGGGGGGGGUUUCGAUGAACCCGCAGCCUACGGGCUUUCAACCUCAGCCGGCCGGUUUCCAGCAGCCUGCGCCGUUGCAAUCCCAUUACACUGGCUUCCCAGGCAGCCAGCCUCAAUAUGGCCAGCAAGACUUUGGAGCUCCGCCGAUGCCAAUGCAGCAACCUCAGCAGCAACAGCAGCAGCAACAGCAGCAGCCACAAGCACCAGUCCAGCCCCAGCCGACUGGGUUUAGCCAGAUGGCAGCUUCCUUCCAAACGGGAGAUUCGAAACCGAAGGGCAGAAGACAACCACAACCCAAGUCGACAAAGAUACCGAGCAUACGACUGUCAUUCAUUACCGCUAAAGACCAGGCGCAAUUUGAAACUCUCUUCAAGUCUGCUGCGGGGGAUGAUCAGGCCCUCUCAGGAGAUAAGUCUAGGGAUAUAUUAUUACGAUCAAACUUAGACGGAGACUCUCUGUCCCAAAUAUGGACUCUUGCAGAUACGACAAGAUCAGGACACUUAUUGUUCCCCGAAUUCGCAUUGGCCAUGUAUCUAUGUAAUUUAAAACUCAUCGGCAAGCAGUUACCGCCGACGCUCCCAGAGCAUAUUAGAAAUGAAGUUUCAAGCAUGGUCGAUCUCAUAAACUUCGGCGUCGCGGACGAUGCGCCUCAGCCAAGAACAAACGUUCCCGACUUUAAUACUCGCACUUCAACUGCGUCCCCCCCUACGAUCCAGCAGCCGCAACCAAUGGCAUCGAACUCCCAGCUACUUACAGCACAAAUGACCGGAUUUCAGCAGCCGCAACAAACUGGCUUCCAAGGAGGGUUCCAGCCGCAGCCAAUUGGGUUUGGUGGUCAGCUGCAAAAUAACUUUCAAAAUGCGACCAACCCGCAGGCUACUGGCUACACUGGACCACGGCCACCAAUGCCUCCUAUGCCAACUGGGUAUGGACCGGGCGGCGGUUUAAUGCCUCCUGGUGGUGGGAUGGGAGGCAUGGUAGCGCCCCUCAACGCUCAGCCCACAGGAGUUCCCGGCCAGUGGGGAUUGGUAAACGCCCCGGCUACGGGACUUCCCAACAUCGAUGCGCUACAAGCUCGCAUGAUGCCUCAGCAAGGCCGCGAGCAAGGCAACUUCACUACCGCUGGCUUGUCUGGAAAUGCUGUUAUUCCAUGGGCUGUGACCAAGGAUGAGAAGACGAGAUAUGACUCUCUUUUCAAGGCCUGGGACGGUUUGGGCAAGGGCUUCAUUGGUGGCGAUGUAGCUAUUGAAGUCUUUGGACAGAGUGGCCUCCCUAAGCCUGAUCUCGAAAGAGUUUGGACGCUGGCAGAUAACGGCAACAAGGGUCGCUUGAACAUGGAUGAAUUUGCAGUUGCUAUGCAUUUAAUCUACAGAAAGCUCAAUGGGUACCCACUUCCAGCUCAGCUACCAGCCGAGCUUGUACCACCUUCGACCAGAAACUUCAACGAUUCUAUUGGCACUGUGAAGUCUCUACUUCAGCAGGAGUCUGCGUAUAGAAAGGAUUCUGGCGCCAACCUGCUUCCCCAGAAGACUGGCGUCAGCUACUUGAAGAACCACUCGUUCCGCGGCGACUCGAACCAACUUAGGAACAAUCGUAAAGAUGCGACCGUGUUCAAGAACAACGAUGACGAUGUUGGAUAUAAAUCAAGCGCUCGUAGACGCUUAGGCACUGGAUCACCACGCCCUGAAUCACCGUCUUCGACUACAAGCGAAGACCUUACCUUGGAUCAGCUGAAGAAGAAAAUCCGCGAGAAGCAAGUGGUUCUUGACGCCCUCGACUUCAAGGAUGAGAAUGCCGCCGAGGAGGAUGACGUUCUUGACAGACGUGAUCGCCGAGAAGCGGAUGAACUUUACAGGCGCAUCCGCCGUGUUCAAGAGGACAUUGACAGCCAUCCAGAUGCAGCACUCCGAAAUGUGGACUCAGGGGCUGAACGCCGCGCCCUGAAGCGUCAAUUACAGACCUUGACAGAUAGUCUGCCUGAUAUUGCAAGCCAAGUCCGCCGCACAGAGCGCACCAUCGCCGAAGCGAAGCUGGAGCUCUUCCGCCUUAAGGAUGCCAAGGCACACCCAAGCAGUGCAUCAAGCAUCGUUGGAACUGGGCCAGGUGGCAUCGUGACCGAAUCAGAUAGACUCAAGGCACGAGCUAAGGCCAUGAUGCAACAGCGUUCUGCGGCCCUUACCGGAAAGAAGAUCGAGACUGUUGACGAUGACCUCGCAGCUCCCAAACGCCUGGAAGAAGAGAACAUUAGAAUCAAGACAGAACGUGAGAACAACGAGAGAAUGGUCAAGGAUGUCGAGGAUAGCGUUCGUGAGUUUGCGCAAGGUCUUGAGGAUGGCUUGAAAGAAGGAUCUCAAAGUUCGUCGAGCGAGCAUGAGAAGCGCAGAUGGGAGGAUGGACUUGGUGUUGAGGACGAAGUCAAGGAUUUCAUCUUUGAUUUGCAGAGGUCGACUAGAAGUUCCAGGGUCCGCAAUGAAGAUCGUUCUACCAGCAGGGGCUCAGUGGAAGAUAGACGCGAUCGCGACACGUCUGCAUCCCGUUUCCGGGCCAGUGCAUCUCCAGUGCCGACAAAUUCCCGCCAGAGCACCUCCCCCGCACCUAGUGGUGGUGGUGGCUCGUACGCCUCUUACAAGACCCCUGAAGAAAGAGCUGCCUUCAUUAAGCAGCAGGCUGAGCAGCGCAUGGCUGAGCGCCUGGCUGCCCUGGGAAUCAAGGCUCCUUCCAAGUCUGGCGAGAGCGCUCAACAGAGGAUGGAGCGCGAGAAGAACGAACGGGCAGCCAAACUUCGCCAAGCAGAAGAGGAAGAUGCGAAGCGCGAGAAUGAAAGACAGUCGAGAAUUGCUCAGGAGGAGGGUCGUCCUGCACCAGCAGCUGCCUCUCCAGAGGUUGCUAAGAAGCCACCCCCACCUCCAACGAGGAAGGCUGCUAAGGGUGAUGUGGAAACUCCAAGAAAGGUUGAGGAGGAUAGAGUUCAUCAAGAACAUGAGGCUCAGCAGAUAGCAACUAAGGAAAUGGAGUAAGUCUCAUCGACGCUAAUAAUGGAAACAUACUGACUUGAUAGGGAUGAUGCACUGCGCCAGGAACGCGAGAUUGCCCAGGAGCGUGAGGCCACCGAGGCCCGCUUGAAAGCCCUCGAGGAGCAAGUCAAGGCUGGGAAGAUCAAGAAGGAAGAGGAGAGGCGCAGAAGGAAGGCUGCGCAAGUUGAGGCGAAGGAGAAGGAAGCAAAGCUUGCCGCCCAGCGUGCUGAGAUUGAAUCUGCUCGCCAACGAGAGAUUGAGCUUCAGCGUCAACUCGAGGCCAUUGAUGACGAGAGUUCGUCAGACGAGGAGGGUCCCCAGGACAUCACUUCCCAGGCAGCAACUCCUCCAAGAGCCGCCGAGAAGCAAGUAUCCCCGCCACCGCCAUCGCCUCCUAUUAUCACGGCAACCUCUCCCCCAGCAGCUGCGGCCAGCACCUCGAACAUCAGCUCCCCACAAGCAGGUACCGCCACCCGCAACCCCUUCUUCAAGAACUUGGGCCAGCCAACAGUUCCAGGAGCAGGCGUGCCUGUCACAUCGCCACUCGUCACAUCGCCUCCUGCACAGGACACUAACCCAUUCCACCGCCUUCCUCAGCAACAAGCUGCCGCCAAGGCUCCCGAGCCUGUCCAACCCAACCCAACUGGUGCAAGACCUUCCCGCGUCCGCCCAGAAGAAGAUGAGUGGUCCGUGGUCGGUUCAGACCGCGAGGACUCAUCCGACGAGGAAGAAGGGCCUGGUGCCGGAAACGCCCGCCAGCUGGCCUCGAUGCUGUUCGGGACCAUGGCACCACCCCGCCCCCUUUCUGCUGCUGACGAUACACACGCUUUCUCCCCGGUUAGCCCAGGCAUGACGUCGCCAACGGCCGAGUCUCCUGCCCCCAGUGGCGCUCCACCUCCGCCUCCACCACCGCCACCAAUGCCUGGCAUGGGCGCGCCACCAAG